AUGAUCCACGUUCUCUUGGUAACUAUAUGCUUAGCAGUCUUUCCUUAUCAAGGGACCUCUAUAAUCCUGGAAUCUGGGAACGUGAAUGAUUAUGAAGUAGUGUAUCCACAAAAAGUCACUGCAUUGCCCAAAGGAGCAGUUCAGCAAAAGCAACAAAGAUACUUGAACAAGUUCAGAUUCAUUAAGCUUGUCAUAGUUGCGGACUACAGAAUGUUCACGAAAUACAAUGGCGAUUCAGAUAAGAUAAGAGAACGAGUACAUCAAAUGGUCAACACUAUGAGGGAGAGUUACCAUUAUAUGCAUAUCGAUAUAGCAGUGGCUGGCCUAGAAAUUUGGUCCAACAAAGAUUUGAUUAACGUGCAGCCAGCAGCACCUCAUACUUUGGACUCAUUUGGAGAAUGGAGAGAGAGAGAUUUGCUGCAUCGCAUAAGUCAUGAUAUUGCUCUGUUACUCACGGGGAUUGACUUUGAUGGACCAACUGUAGGAUUGGCUUACGUGGGCACCAUGUGUGACCCGAAGUAUUCUACAGGAGUUGUUGAGGUUAGUGGAAAGGAUACCUGUUAUCUAUUUGUACUCAGAAGAAAACUUAUAUACAGGCAAAACGUCUUUACAAAUGAAGUCUCUUCUUGUCAUACUCUGGGCAUUCAUCAUGACAAAGGUUCCUGUUCUUGCGGUGGUUACGCAUGUAUUAUGUCUCCUGUGAUAAGCCAUCAACCUUCCAAACUGUUCAGCGAUUGUAGUAAGGAUGAUUAUCAGAAGUUUCUUACUAAUUAUAACCCACAAUGCAUUCUCAAUGCACCCUUAAUGGAUCAGGAGUCACUUCCCCUUGAUUUUUAUACAAUAUAGAACCUGAAACAAAUUUUGGUUAGUUCAGAAGUUGCUGUCUUACUCCAUUGAUCAUCUCUUGCUUUGACUUUCAGGUCUGCAGCAACAGGCAGUGUGUUGAUGUGACUACAGCCUACUUAUCAACCUUUGACUUCUCUCAGAUUUGAUCUUGGAGAUCCUUCUUCCAAAAGGUUCAACUUCCCUCAAGUCCAAAGAGACCCAUCUGUCUUUAUCCUACUAGUAAACUACCCUUGGCUUCCAGAUGGCAUCCAAAUUCCGCAAUAUUUCUUCUCCAUAUUUAAUCUAUUUAUCUUUUGCUGUAAUCAAAUCUUUUUCCCACCACAAAGCUCCAUGGGCAUGUACAACACCAAGAGCUUAUUUGCUGUCAA